UUUUUAUCAAUGCAAUAACACAACAUAACUUAAUAAAUAUUAAAAAAUUAAUUUUUUCUAUUAUUAUUUACUAUUUAAAAGCUAAACAUAGUUCUUUAAAUUGAAUGUGUCAAUGAAAGAAACAUCAAAAUGUUUGGCUCUAGCGGUAAGCUGGAUGUCGAUUCUUCUGGUGGAAGUCUUGCACAUAGUAUUAGUAUUGGAAGUGAUAUUUCAUAUCGCACAAAAAUGGAUGUAGUAUGUGUUAUUGAUGUGAUUCAAUCUUGUAAUUUAGCAGAUCGAAAGAGAGCAUUAGAAGAAAUAAAACAAGCAUGCUCAAUGGUUUGUGCCAAUCUAUUUAUUGUAAUGUUUGAAAAAUUAGAUUUUGGUGGCACUACUGAGUUGGAUACAUUUUAUAAUGCUGACGUUGCUAUUGUUGACUUAUCCAUGCAAUUUCAACAGAGUUCAUUAUUCUAUCAUUUGGGAGUGCGUGAAAGUUUUGGAAUGAAACAAAAUAUCAUGUUAUUUAAUGAUCUAGACACUGAAGUUACUUUAAGAUUGAAAUUAUCUUGUGGGGCAUACACAUUUAUUUCUUACAAGUUAGCUGAUUGUGGUACAUGUCUUACUACAAAUCCAUCUUUUCAAGAUGAAAAUGGUUCUUCGACUUUUGAACCAAGAUUACCAAUUACUAUAAAAUUAAAAAAAUUACUUCAAGAUGUUGAAAUUCAAUCUAAAGUUCACAUUAAGGAAAAAUUUUUAUCUGACUUGCGAAAAGCUAGAGAAAACUACAGCGGGGAAGAAUUAUGCAACACUUUACAUAUUAUGAGAAAGAGACUUGAUGAUCCCCAUGUUCUUUCGGGUGAUGUAGUGCUUAAUAUGCUUAUUUCAUUUAGAGAUAUACAGGACUAUGAUGCUAUGGUCCAACUUGUUGAAGAUAUUCAAACUAUUCCAAACAAAAAAAAUUAUAUACAAACUCCUGUUUUGCGUUUUUUAUAUCCGUUUGCCCUUAAUAGACGUAACAAACCUGGUGAUAGAGAAAAAGCCUUACAAGUAAUUGAAUUAGCUUUAGAAAAGAAGGAAAAUCAUAUACCUGAUAUGGUUUGCCUUUGUGGUCGAAUUUAUAAAGAUAAAUUUGUUGAAUCUUCAUAUAAGGAUAAAUCAGCCCUUCAAAAUGCUAUACAUUGGUAUCGUAAAGGAUUUGAAGUACAACCUAAUGAAUAUGCGGGAAUUAAUUUAGCCACAUUAUUAGUCAUUGCUGGUAAUGAAUUUUCAAAAUCGGAAGAACUGCAGCAUAUAGGUAUGGUUUUGAAUAAUUUAAUUGGUAAAAAAGGCAGUUUAUGGUCACUCAAAGAAUAUUGGGAUGUUGCAACUUUUUUUGAAAUAAGUGUAUUAGCAGAAGAUUACAGUAAAGCUAUUCAAGCUGCUGAAUGUAUGUUUAAGUUAAAACCUCCAAACUGGUAUUUAAAUUCAACAGUUGGGAAUAUUUUAUUAAUCAGUAGAUUUCGCAAAAGAAAUGAAGAGGUAGAUUUUACAGCAGAAGAACAAAUUUUUAGUUUUUGGAUGGAUUAUUUUGUGGAGGCUACUAAAAUUGAAAUAGGAGAUAGUAUACGUUUUCCAAUAUUAGUACUUGAACCAUCUAAAGUAUUUAUGCCAAGUUAUGUUAAUGUUAAUCUUGGUGCUGAAGAAAAGUCAAUUCAUGUUUGGAAUUUAUGUAUGGAAAACAUGCGAGGAAAUUGUAAACAAGUACACGAUUGGCUGUUUGUUGCUAAUAUGAUAAGAGGUGUUAGUUUGUAUAAAAGAGAUGAGCGUUGUUUAUUCUUGUAUGUCCAUGAAAAUUCUGAUGACUUCCAAAUGUUUUUUCCUUCAUCACAAUGUCGAGAAACAUUUUAUGAUCUCAUAAUUACAAUGACUGAAGGAGAAGAAGGAAUGAUGACAAAUCUCGAUUCUGAUUCUUCAAGUGAACAAAUAAAAUUUGAGUAUGAACUAGAUGAUUCUGAAAAGAAAAUAGUUCUUGGUAAAGGUACUUAUGGUGUUGUAUAUGCAGCUCGUGAUCUUAAUACCCAAGUACGAAUUGCUGUUAAAGAAAUACCAGAAAAAAACCUUGGUGAUGUUCAACCGCUUCAUGAAGAAAUUAAAUUACAUUCUCAAUUGCGCCAUAGAAACAUUGUACAAUAUUUAGGUUCAAUAUCUGAGAAUGGGUUUUUUAAAAUAUUUAUGGAACAAGUUCCUGGAGGAAGUUUAUCUGCUCUUUUAAGAUCAAAAUGGGGGCCUUUGAAAGAAAAUGAAUCUACCAUAUCAUUUUAUACUAAACAGAUUCUGGAAGGCCUAAAAUAUUUACAUGAUCAAAAAAUAGUGCAUCGUGAUAUAAAAGGUGAUAAUGUAUUAGUCAAUACUUAUAGUGGUGUUGUGAAAAUAUCUGAUUUUGGAACUUCGAAGCGUCUUGCUGGAUUAUGCCCUAGUACUGCUACAUUUACUGGCACUUUACAGUAUAUGGCUCCUGAAGUUAUUGAUAAAGGUCAAAGAGGUUAUGGAGCACCGGCUGAUAUUUGGUCUUUGGGGUGUACAGUUGUUGAAAUGGCUACAGGUAAACCACCAUUCAUAGAAUUAGGAUCACCUCAAGCAGCUGUGUUUAAAGUUGGUUAUUACAAAAUGCAUCCAGAAAUACCAUCUGAACUUAGUGAUAAAGCUAAAAACUUUAUACUUCGUUGUUUUGGAGUAGAUCCUGAUCAGCGUGCAACAGCAACUGAUUUACUAGAAGAUCUAUUCUUGUCUGAAAAGAAGAAAACCUCUAGAGCAUUAACCGCACCUCUUGAAUUUAAUCGUAGUAUAUCUGUUCCUUCAGAAAAGGGUUUGAAAACUAAUCAAGUAACAAUUGAUCAAGAAAAUAUUACUGAAAAUCAAAUUAAGCAGAAAUUACCCAGGGAAAACAGCUGGUUAACAAAAUCCCAACCUGAAACAACAAAACGAAACCAGUUCCUUUCUCCUAUCAGCUUACCAAACAUGCUGCACCCUCACGACAGUUUUGACAUAUACAAAGGUCAUAGACGACAGUCUUCAGGAACUAUGGUAUCACCAGAGAUUGAUAUGGGUACAGCUGGCAGUUCAGAACAUGAUGGUUUUUACAUGUUAAAAAAAGAUUCUCAACGUAGGACUACGUUGGCUCGGGUGUUGGCUCAUGAUCAUUUAACUUUGUGUAAAAUUUGGAUGUCAUAUAUUCGUCGUGAGUUUGGUAAAUCUAUGCUGGAAGAUGAACAUUUAGAAUUGCUGAUGAAAGGACUGCGGGACUACAUUACAGACCAAAAUAGAGACAUUGUUGAAAAGGCUAUUUACAACUUAAAAGAACAAUUAAAUUUUGAUUCAAAUGCUGUUCAUCAAUUAAAUUUUUCAUUGUAUUUGUUUCAAGAAGCGGCAAAAUCUGUCCUGAGACUUCAUAAUAUUAAACCUCAUUGGAUGUUUGCUCUUGAUAAUUUAGUACAUAAUGCAGUGCAAGCGGCUAUUAGUGUUUUGACACCUGAAUUGGAAGAGAAUAUUCCAGGAAAAGAUAUAAAGCCUGAUGGUAGUAUAUUUUCUGUGACGGAUGAUACAAAAAAUAGUUCUCCGUCAUUUAGCUCAUCAGUUAGAUCUCAUAAAACAGAUGAUAGUUUUUUAGAUGGGUCAAUAACAAAAAACAAACAUGAACUUCAAAAACGUUUGUUAAUGCUACAAGUAGAAAAUCAUAGCUAACGUGGGUAUAGAGGUUUGUAUAUUAGUUUAUGAAUUUUGGAUUAUAAAUCUAAACUUUUAGGUAUGUAUGACAAAUUUUGGUGGCUGAUGUGUUAUAUAUAUCUUUUUUCUAUAAAAAGAUUUAUGUAAUUUUUUCAAAAUUACCCUGUCGUUAUCUGAGAAUAAAAAGGUUCAAAUACGUGACAAAUUAUCUUUCAGUAGACUGUUAAAAAAAAAAAAAAUUACCAUACAGUUUUGUGGAAUUUUUAAUUUUUAAUUUACAUUUACUAUAAAAUAAGUAAAGAGCUUAAAAGAUGUGUAAUUACUUUUUAGUAUAUUUAUUAAAAAUAAUUUUUUUUUUCGACAAUAUUAUAUAUGAAUCUUUUAAUUCUGAGGUGGCAUUUUAUAGUUUGGUCACGAUCAUAAUUUACUUCAGUACAAAGGUAUUGGGAUUUGAUACAGUUCUGUCUAAAUACAGGUAUUCCCAUUUUCUCUGACACACGUUUUAGUGUUAAUAAGAGAGAUUAUUAUUAAAUUUUUAUUUGACUUAUAAAUAUUAAUGUAAAAAUCUUUCGUAGUAUAUUUUGAAUUUUUUUGCAUUUUAAAAGACAUAUUUUAAAUGAAAAAAUAAAAAAUUUGACUUUACAAUUAGUUGUUCUCUAAAUAGCAUUUUAGAAAAAUAUGCUUAUGUGUCAUAUAAUUAAUAUUAAAUUGAAAUAGAUAUUUUGUCAUUCUGAAAUUAUUGCAUUUUGGAAUUAUGACCUUUUUACCCUCUCCCUAACUAAUAUUCUAAUCCUAC